UUUUCUGCUUUUAUUUACUUUGUGCUGUGUAAAAAUAGUGCAUUUACACCAACAAUUUCUUAUCGUUGACGACGCGUUUGCACCGAUUGCCUUUGAAACAGGCGUUUAUAACAUUUUGUGCCAACUUACGCCGCCACCGCCGAGAGAGCUACAAUCUAAGAGUUGAAGAGGAAGCUAAGCAGACAAACUACUGUGGCUGUGAAAUUGGAUUUUAACCAGCAGCAGGGAUGGCUCAUAUCACCGGUCAUGGGAAGCUGCUCUUGCAGCGUUUACAUCAGCAGCGGGAGAUGGACUUUUUGUGUGAUAUAACCGUAAUGGUGAGAGACGUGGAGUUCAGAGCCCACCGCAACAUCCUGGCUGCGUUCAGCAAAUAUUUCUCCGCUCAGGCUGAAAAGGGUCAAGAGGUCACGACCUUGGACCCUGAUAAGGUCAGCCGCUAUGCACUGGAGAAGCUUUUGGAGUUUAUCUACACUGGACAGAUGAACUUAAGCAGUACCAGACAGGCAGCUGUGCGUCGGGCGGCUGUGUUCCUGGGAAUGUCAGAGGCCAUAAAGUAUAUGGAGGAAAUCCCCCACUGGUCCGAGUCGGGUGAAACUUCUCAGUCAGAGGUGGAUAAAGAAGCUGGUCUCUCUCCUCCCAGUCCGUCCUCUCCUGGCAGCCCCAGUUCACCAGUUCCCCUGUCAAUUGUCUCUAUAACAGGGGAGUGGCAGGAGGAGGGGAAGGACAGCAAAGAGCAGGGUGAUGAGGCCAAAGAUUUAAAUAUGGAAGAGGGAGAGCAAAGUGAUGACGAGUACAACCCCAUUACGCCAAAGAGCAUUGGAAGGGGACAGGGGAGGAAGAGAGGCAGAAGGCCUAAGAGUUUUAGCGGUGAGCAGGUGGAGCCGAGCAGCUCGACUGAUGGCACCCCCAAAACCCAGGGCUACAGGGGGAGGGGGAGAGGCAGAGGAAGAGGCAGGGGGAGAGGGAGAGGUGGUUUAAAAAGGGAAGAUUUGGAAGAUUCCGACACCAGUGUGAAGGACUUCGGGGACACCUCUGCAGAUUGGAGCCCCUCACAGGAGGACGAUACGCCAGUCAAGAAACCUCGACUGAGCAGCGGAGAGGGACGUAGAGGGCGCGGGAGGGGGAGAGGCAGGGGGAGAGGCAGGAGCAGGGCUGAUGUGAAAGUAGAGGCGGGUGAUGGAGCAGGCUCAGGUGAUGACAACGAGAGAGAUGAGGGUGAAUUUGGGGAACAGGAUCCAUCAGAAAUGGAUGAGCUGCCGCUGUCGUGCACCGAGUGCAACAAACUGUUUAAAGAUGUGAGCAGCCUGCACAGACAUGAGAAAAUCCACAAUGGGCUGAAGCCAUUUGUCUGCAUCUUCUGCUCUAAAAGCUUCAGACAAGCUACCCAACUGAAAACACACCUGCGCAUUCACACAGGCGAGAAGCCGUUUAAUUGCUCUGACUGCGACAAGUGUUUUGCUCAGAAGUGUCAGCUGGUCGCUCACCGCCGGAUGCACCACGGAGAGGAGAAGCCCUACACCUGUGAGCGCUGCGGUUUCAAGUUUGCUACCUCGUCCAACUACAAAAUACACAUCAGACUGCACAGCGGGGAGAAGCCGUACGUCUGUGACAUCUGCGGUCAGGCGUUUGCUCAGUCCAGCACGCUGACCUAUCACAAGCGACGACACACCGGAGAGAAACCCUACCAGUGUGAUCUGUGCGGCAUGUCCUUCUCUGUCUCUUCUUCUCUCAUCGCUCAUGCACGAAAACACACAGGCGAGACGCCGUACAAAUGUUCACAGCCAGAAUGUAACUCAAGUUUUGUGACGUCUUCUGAACUGAAGAAACACAUGCGACGACUUCAUCCGGAUGGGAACACCGGCGUGCAGUGUCUGCUGUGUGGAAACAGGUUUGCCAGUGUGAAGAACAUGAUCAAGCACCAGGAGAAGGCUCAUGCUGAUGAAGUGCGGCAACACAAGGAGAGAGCCAGAGCAGUAGUCCUCCUGGCUUCUAGUCACCCUGUGGCCUUUGUCCAGAGCAAACUCUCCCAGGAAAACAAAGGUAUGGGUUCCAUCCCUGAAGGUGAGCCAGCCAACCCUGAACCUGCCACCCCCAACCCCAAAGCCACAGCUCCAUCCACAGACGAAACCACCGCCGAAACUGCCACGACCGCCACUUCACCUGUCAUUCAGGACUUCAAGGCAGAGCCUGCUCACCCACCAAUUAAUACCACCGACCAGGUGACUUUUGAAACUGACCAGGAGCAGACCAUCAACUCGGACACCCUCCACGCUCUGGUGGAACAGCUGCGGCCGCCACCCUCCCCCGCUCAGAGCCUCGAGCAGAUCGUCAUCAUCAGGACGGUGGACAACGCUGAACACAACCCUCCUCAGCAGUGAGGCCCGAGCCACGCCUGCGUCACUCUGGUGGAACAUUUUCACUUUUUAACAUACAGCUACAGUCAGUACUCACAUUCUGGCUUAUAUCCAUAAACUAGACUUAAAUUGACUUUUUGGUCAGAUAUAAAUGAAAGAUCACUCUAUUAGAUUACAGUUUGGGUCUUAAUUUCAUAGUAUUGUCCAUUAUUCAUAACAUUAACAACAGCUUAUCAAGGUAGUAGCUGAAAUCAGGGAAUCCAGUCAGAUGAUCGGACAAGUUGUGAACAAGCUAACAAACCUUAAUUGCAGUGAUGUUUCUAUUAUUUUGACUUAGUAUAGUGUUAUUAUUCCUUGUAGAACUUAUGGUGAAAGAUACAAGAAUAAGAUCUUAGUUGUAAAAACAGUCCUCUUACAUCAUAGUUGCCUGUGGUUAACAAAACCAACUCAGCCACAUUUUCCCCUCAGAGGGAAAAUAUGUUAGCAUAUUUAAACAGAAGGAGUUUGGAGUUAUUUCAACAGAACAGGAUGCAAAGUAACUUUGUGAAACCAGAAAUAUCAGAAACUGUGCACACGUAGCCCUUUAGAAGAGGUAAAGAGGGGUCAUUUAGAACAACCUAUGAUAAAAUGUGGAAAUGUUCCCCAAAGCCUAAAUAUUUUUCUUCACUUAGAACAGUGUGUCUUGUCACUCUGACUGCCAGCUUCUCCUAAGUGGUAUAAAUGUAUAUAAAAUCAGCAGGUUUCUACCUGAAAAUGUCAGAUUAAAACCUACUCCCUGGUCUCUGUUUUUGUUCAAUUUUACCAGCUGUGUAAAUUCCACUCUUUCGCAGAAAAGAAAAAAAAAACUUGAGACUAACAACAUUUUGUCAGAUGCUGACAUGUGGCUGGAGUAUCUUCUCUUUUGCAGCUCUGUUUGGAUCACUAAUAAAUGUAAAGAAAAGUUUAUUGGACUUGAAUGUUGAUCACAAAAAUAUAUAGUAGGACAGCCAGUACAACUCUUGCAUUGCUUUAAUUAGUAAUGUAGUUAGUAGGAGCCUCGUUAACACCAUGAGAUAUGAUUUUAUUUAUCAUAAAUGUUACACCCUUAAGUGUUUGACAUGUGAUAGUGGCUUUAUUAAUGUAAGCAUAGCCCUGUUAAUCAACACCAAGGUUUUUUGAUUCGGUGUAAUAAAGUUAAUUUGUCUUUUAAAGCAGUUGUUUUAGGUCUUAGCAGAAAUGUUUGUGCUUCCGGUUUGAAAACUGCUUUAUAUACAGUAUUUCUCUCAUACUUUUUUUUUUUAUCCUUUUUUUCUUUCUUUUUUUAAAUAAGAUGUCUGCAUUACAUGUACAGAAAUGUGAAUUAAAUAGAAGUUCACUACUGUAUAAAACAAAUGUGCAACAGGAAAAGAAAGGCAAGAAGGGACAAUCGGAUUGUUUGUCUCAGUGACUGUUGCAAAUGCAAUGUUGAAAAAUAAAUGAUUACUGGUUAUAUUUA